CCUCCCCGAGCGGAGGCAACAUGGUGGCUCCGUCAAGCCGUAGCUGCGAGAUUUGAAUUACCCUACUUGUAGCUGCUGCGUCCCUGCUGAUGGCGUCUCCGGCGUUGUGCGGUUCACGUCAGAGCCCAGAGGGACUCCCUGGAGACCCUUCCUCACAAGAAGAAGAUGAGGAUUGUGAUCCUGAAGAUCCUGUCAGCGACUCGGGUUCAUACUCCUCUACAAGUACCGAUUAUGACGACCUGGAGCCUGAAUGGCUGGACAGUGUGCAGAAGAAUGGAGAGCUGUUUUAUUUGGAGUUGAGUGAGGAUGAAGAAGAAAGCCUCCUUCCUGAGACACCUACUGAGACACCUACUGUGAACCAUGUCAGGUUCAGCGAAAAUGAGAUUAUUAUUGAAGAGGAUGAUUACAAAGAAGGAAAAAAGUAUGAACCCAAACUCAAGCGGUUUACCAAGAUUUUAAAAAGUAAAAAACUUUUACCUAAGCGCUAUAAUAAAAAAAAUAGCAAUGCCAGUGGGCCAGUCUCCAUUCUAAAGCAUCAGUCCAAUCAGAAAACAGGAGUUGUGGUCCAACAGCGGUACAAAGACGUGAACGUUUACGUGAACCCCAAAAAGCUAACUGUCACCAAAGCCAAAGAGCAACUCAAGCUUCUGGAAGUACUGAUUGGGAUUAUCCAUCAGACCAAGUGGAGCUGGAGAAGAAAUGGGAAACAGGGCGGUGGAGAGAAGCUUGUGGUCCAUGGCCUGCUGCCAGGAGGAUCUGCUAUGAAGAGUGGUCAGAUAUUAAUCGGUGAUGUCCUUGUUGCCGUGAACGAUGUAGAUGUGACCUCCGAGAACAUAGAGAGAGUUCUGUCUUGCAUUCCUGGACCUAUGCAGGUGAAACUGACAUUCGAAAAUGCAUAUGCUGUGAAAAAGCAAACAACUCAACCAAGACAGAAAAAGGCACAGUCAAACACAAGUGAUUUAAUCAAACUUCCAUGGGGAGAAGAGGUCAAAGGUACCCAGCAGAAUAUUCUAAACACUCCUCACAUCAUUAUGUAUCUCACACUACAGCUCGACUCGGAAACAUCAAAGGAAGAGCAGGAAAUCCUAUAUCAUUAUCCAGUAUCUGAUGCGUCUCAGAAACUUAAAAGUGUGAGAGGGAUAUUCCUCACACUCUGUGACAUGUUGGAAAAUGUAACUGGGACACAAGUUACUAGCUCAUCCCUUCUUUUAAAUGGGAAACAAAUUCAUGUAGCUUAUUGGAAAGAAUCUGACAAGCUGUUGUUAAUUGGCCUGCCUGCUGAGGAAGUUCCUCUUCCUCAGCUAAGGAAUAUGAUUGAAGAUGUUGCCCAAACCUUAAAAUUUAUGUAUGGUUCUUUAGAUAGUGCCUUUUGCCAGGUUGAGAAUGUUCCUCGUUUGGAUCACUUUUUCAGCUUGUUCUUUCAAAGAGCACUUCAGCCUGCUAAACUACAUUCCAGCGCCAGUUCCAGUGCACAACAAUAUGAUGCUUCCAGUGCAGUACUUUUAGACAAUCUCCCUGGAGUUCGGUGGCUCACACUUCCACAAGAUAUUAAGGUGGAAUUAGACACAGCAUUGAGUGACUUGGAGGCUGCAGAUUUUGCAGAACUGUCUGAGGAUUACUAUGACAUGAGGCGGCUAUAUACAAUUUUGGGCUCUUCUCUAUUUUACAAGGGUUAUUUGAUAUGCAGUCAUUUGCCUAAGGAUGAUCUUAUUGAUAUUGCUGUAUACUGUCGCCACUAUUGCCUACUGCCUUUAGCAGCAAAACAAAGAAUUGGUCAGUUGGUAAUAUGGAGAGAAGUAUUUCCUCGACAUCACCUCCAACCUUCUACAGACUCAAACACUGAAGUCUUUCAGGAACCUGAAGGGAGGUAUUUUUUGCUAAUUGUUGGCUUGAGACAUUAUAUGUUGUGUGUACUAUUAGAAGCUGGAGGCUGUGCAUCCAAAGCUGUUGGGAAUCCCGGACCGGACUGUAUCUAUGUGGAUCAGGUCAAAACAACUCUUCACCAGCUGGAAGGGGUGGAUUCCCGCAUAAGUGAACGGCUAGCCUCUUCUGCAACCCCCUGUUUGUCUUGUGCUGACUGGUUUCUUUCUGGAUCACAUGAAAAAUUAGAUAAUUUAACAACCUCACCUAUCCUCAGUAGGCUACAAGGUACUUCCAAAGUAGCAACCUCUCCAACAUGCAGAAGAACUCUUUUUGGUGACUAUUCCCUAAAGACACGUCAGCCCAGUCCAUCCAGAAGUGGAGGAUCUGACAGUGAUUGUGAAGGUGGAGAAGGGGUUGGCCUGAGUCCCCACACUACAGCAUCUCAGGGUUCUGAUGGUUCAGAAGAAAGUGGGGCCUUGCUUAAGGUCACUAAAAAGAAGUCUACUCUUCCAAAUCCAUUUCAUUUGGGGAACUUGAAAAAGGACCUUUCAGAAAAAGAAUUGGAUAUAUAUAACACAAUGAAAUUGACGUCUGGUCCUGAGAACACACUUUUCCACUAUGUCGCCUUAGAAACAGUGCAAGGGAUCUUUAUUACUCCUACCCACGAAGAGGUGGCACAGCUAAGUGGCUCUAUCCACCCUCAGCUGAUAAAAAAUUUCCAUCAGUGUUGUCUCUCCAUUCGUGCAGUUUUCCAACAGACAUUGGUUGAAGAGAAGAAGAAAGCACUAAAUGGUGGAGAUCAUUCAGGUUCUACAAAUUCAGUGUCUUCUCUUAACCCUGUGAAAGAACAUGGUGUAUUAUUUGAAUGCUCACCUGAAAACUGGACUGACCAGAGAAAAACACCACCAGUUAUGGCUUACUGGGUAGUAGGGAGGCUCUUUCUUCAUCCCAGACUUCAAGAACUUUACGUCUGUUUUCAUGACUCAGUCACAGAAAUUGCCAUUGAAAUGGCUUUUAAAUUGUUCUUUGGAUUAACCUUGUAGCUGUGUUUUUUUGAUGUAUAGCAACACUGCACAGACCAUAAAGUAGUGUUAGAACUGCUGAAAUCCAUUCACAAAGAGAUAAGGUUUAACUUCUUUCCACUGUUCAAUACUGAACAUAAGAUUAUUAAAGACUGAGAUGAUAUGCUGCUGGGAUUUGAUGCACUAAAUCUUCUUGUGAGACUUUUGGAAAAGAUACUUGAUCAAAAUAUGAACAAGGGAUUGUUAACUUAUUUCCAUUUUGGUAUAUACCAUUAAUUUAUUUACUAGUUUGAAAUAAUGUGAUGUGUUUUAUGUAAAAUUAAUAUAGGAAUGUUUAUCUGGGAAAAAUACCCAAUUCGUUGUAUAUUUUUCUCAAGACUGAUAUUGAUAUCUGGCAAAACAAUCAUGAAAUUGGGAGGAGGGGACCAGGUUCUGUAACCGAUUAGUGCUGUGAC